AUGGCGUCGGACAAUGUAAAAGUGUCGAUCAAGGUGAGACCCCUGAUCAAACGGGAAAAGGAUAGCAAACUCACAUCGCAAUGGCGCGUCCGAGAUAAUGCGAUAGCGAUGGUGGACGGCAAUAGCGAUCCUUUCGUGUUCGAUCACAUUUUCGAUGAAAAAGUGCCAACGAAACAAUUGUUUGAUACCGUUUGCCGGCCGGUUAUUCAUUCCGCACUGAAGGGCAUCAAUGGUACGAUAUUUGCAUACGGUCAAACGUCGUCGGGCAAAACGUACACCAUGAUCGGUGACGCCGAUGAGCCCGGUGUGGUGCCGCUGACGGCCCGCGAGAUUUUUGAAGAGAUCAAGCGAAUAAAGGAUCGCCAGUUUCUGAUUCGUGUCGGAUUCAUCGAGAUCUACAACGAGAAGAUACACGAUCUGCUUAACACGGCCAACACGAACCUGAAGGUAGCGGAGAGCCAAUGUGGCGACGUGUCGGUCAAUUCGAAGGAAUACAUAACGAACUGUCCGGAACAGAUCCUACAGUAUGUCGAUGCGGGCAACAAGGCGCGGAAGUGUGGCGAGACGAACAUGAACGAACGAUCGAGCCGAUCACACACCAUCUUUCGUAUUACGAUCGAAUCGCGCAUCAUCAACACGACGAGUGCCACGGUGGACGGUGAGACGGACAAUGAGGCGGUUCAGAUCGGCAUUCUUAACCUGGUCGAUCUGGCCGGGAGCGAACGGGCGGAUCAGACCGGCGCCACCGGGUCACGGUUUAAGGAGGGAGUGUGCAUCAACCGGAGCCUCCUGUCGCUGAGCUGCGUCAUCCAGAAGUUGAGUGAAAACUCCGACAAACAGUUCAUCAACUAUCGCGACUCGAAGCUGACCCGCAUCCUGCAGGCGUCGCUCGGUGGGAACGCGAUCACGUCGAUGAUCUGCAACAUUACGCCGGCGGUAAUGGACGAGACGUACUACACGCUCAGCUUCGCGAUGCGCGCCAAAAGCAUCAAGAACAAGCCGAAGGUGAACGAAAUCCUGACCGAUGCGGCCAUGAUGAAGCGGCUGGAGCGCGAAAUCAAACGGCUGCAGAGUGAGCUUCGCUCGGAGCAGCACAAGAACAGCAAGAUCAAGACGCUGGAGCUGCAGAACGCGAUCAUACUGCGAACGAAUCAGUUCAUCAACUCACAGCAACCGCAAUCAAUGCUGACCGAUAGUUCCCGCCGGCGUACCUGGUGCCCGACGACCACCGAGCAGCAGCGCAACUCACUACAGAAACAGUCCUCCGAAACGGCGUGCGAAACUCCCAACAUAAUGGGUCCCCCGUUGUGCCGGGGGCUUUCCGGUGGCGCUCCAAAGGCCACACUUUCCGUGCACUACGAUGACUUCAUUCCGGCACUAGCCCUCCCCGUGCCCGAUGUUUGUCAAAUCGACUACCAGGGGCUGUUUGACCAUCACGAUCUGUUGGCACGCAAAAUGGCACGCUCCAUCUCACCGACCAGCAACGGGCCGGUCAAUCCGUUCAGUGCCACCGAAGGUGACGAGUUUGUGCCCGGUGAGCAGAUCAGCUUCGGACACACCUCGUUGUCACCGUUCUCCAACGUGAAGCGUGAUUUGCACACACCGACUUGCCUCCGCAAGCAACGGCGAUCGUCCACCGGUGAUUCACCGACCCAUUACAACUACGAAGCAAGGUGCCGGGCGCUGGAACAGGAGCUCACGGAGCUGCAAGAGUUUACCAAGCUAGAAAAUAUCGUCGAACUCCAGAGUCUGAAAGAGGAUCUGGCCACUAGCGAGGAACUGGUCGGCACACUCCGGAACGAGAUCGAUGCUAAGGAGCAGCAGAUGGAGCAUCUGGACGAAAGAUGCACCCAUCUUGAGAUCGAGCUAAAAGACCACAAGAGUCGGGUGGCGAAAGCGGAAGAGGAACUCGGCCGGGCGCGAAAGGAACGGCAAAGUGCAAUGAAGGAGGCAGAGCUGCAUCGCAAUCAGAACACGGGCAUCGAGUACGAGUACGAACGGUUCCGGCAGCGAGCGGAGGCGCGCGAGAAGGAACUGAUCGAAUCGCUGCAAGAGGCACGCAGCACCGCCAACAGCCAGGGCAACGAUAGCUUCAAGUUGGACCAGAAGCGCGAGGAAAUGAAACGAUUGGAAAUGCAAAACUUCGAUUUCACGCUCCAGCUUGAGGAGUGCAACAAGCAGAUUGAGCAGCUGAAAAGUUCGCAUCUGGACCAGCACCGUCGGCUUGAGCAGAUCAAACAGACGGUCCUGCAGUUCCACCGACCGGACAAUGGUGACGAUAUCACACUGCUUGUACAAUUGAUACGGAAAACUCUGCUUCUAACCGAUUCCGAUGAAAAUGGGGAACAUUUACCCAAGCAGAAUGGGCUGCUCUCGCCUGGAAGUAGCACCGCUACUGAGGAGACAAAAGGAGGCACGGACGGGGAGCCUACCGUGAAGGCGUUGCUCCAAACCAUCGAACAGCUCGAAGAAACCAAUCGCGCGCACUCAGCGCAAGAGCUAACGCACGCCACGGAGAUGAGCCAAGUCCGGCUCACUCUGGAGGCGAAGAUUGCCAGCGUGUCGCAGCUGGAAGCGGAGGUUCUGGCGUGGAAGCACAAGUUCGAAACGCAGACCACCGAGUACGAAGAGCUAUCGACCCAGAUGAUGGACCAAAUGCAGGAGAACGAAGUGCUGCGCAAGGACUACAACAGCCUUCAAUCGGAAGCCGAAACCAAGAGCGAACAGCUUGCGCUGGAAGUCACCGGUUUGCGAGAAGCGCUCGAGCAGGCCAAACGCGAAGCUGCUACCGGAAGGUCGGAACUGGAACGAGUUGACGAGUUGCUGCGCGAGCAGAUUCACGAGUUGCAGUUGAUGGUGGAAAACCAACAGUCCCUGGCGGCGAGUGCCGAAACUGAGAAGGAACGGCUUCAGCGUAACUGCAACGAGGAACUUGCCCGAAUUGAACUGCAAAAGAACGAUCUUGAUGCGCACGUGAAACGGCUGGAGCAAGAAAUCGAAGCCUACAAAACAGACCUCCAAUCUGCGCGAUCCGAUCGCGAUCAGGAGCAACGCACCCUGAAGGACGCACAGGAAGAGUGCAUUAGCAAGCUGAAACUGGAAGCAGAGCAAUGCCGUGCGGAGCUGAUCACUGUCCAGGAACAGAACAAGGUUUUGGAGGCACAGCAAAAGCUGGCCAAGGACCAGUGGGAAGACGCAGAAGCGAAGCUGUUGGACGAACUCGAAACGAUACGCAACCAAGUGGACCGAUUGGCGGAAGAAAAAGCUGCCCUCGAAAAGCAACAUUCGGAUUUGGUUGACGAGUGGGUGAAAGUGGCCAAUGAGCACGCGCAAGAAACGGAACGCCGUGCAGCGGACCUCACUGAGGCGGCGAACCAAUACGCUGCCCUGGAGGAAACGCAAAAGGCGGAGCGAGAGAACUACGAAACGGUGUGUCAAAAGCUCCGCGGAGAACUCCAAAGUGCGGGCGCUGAAAUUGAACGGCUGUCGGAGGAAAAAGACACCCUCCGGAAGCUCGAGUCCGGUGAACAUGAAUCUCUCGUCCAACGGUUAGAGGAACUGAAGGGAGAAAGGAUAGCGCUGGAAGGGCAACUCAACGAGAAGGAGGCAGAGUUGGCGAAACUAACAAUCGAGCUGCAAGAUGUUCGAAAACAGCAAGAGGAAUCAAUGGAAGAAUGUCGCCGGCAAUGUGGCAUCCAGCGCGAAGCAGCGAACCAAACGUUGGCGGAAGAAUUGGCCGAGCUGAAGCUUACGAUCGCCGGUUUAACGCAAGAGAAGGAAAGCGCAGAACGCCUUCACUCCGAGCGGGCGCAAGAACUGACCCACAGCAAGGACCUCCUGCAUGGUCAGAUAGCCGAGCGGGAAGAGAACAUACUCAGGUACAUCGGUGAGCUUGAGGCGUUGCGCACCGAACAGAUCCAGUUCGUUGCGCAACAAAACGAAGCCCAUAAACUGCUCGAAGAUCGUAACGGAUCGCUCGAACAGGAACUCGAAUCUCUGCAGCGCUCGGUUGAGCAGCUAAUGGCAGAUAACGAAACGCUUCUGCGGGAGCAACUGGAAUCGGAACGACUGGUCGGUCAGCUCGAGCGUGACCUCGAGACGGUCCGCGGUGAGCUGGAACGGGUUCGCCAGGAUUUGGUGGAGGCGAAGCGACUCCACGAUGGUAGAGCCGAGUCGGAACGGGCACUGGCGCAGGCCACCAAGGAAGACAUAGAGCGCCUGAAUCGCUCGAUCGGCUCACUGGAGAACGAAAAGCGUCGUAUGAUCGAGGUGGAAUCGGAACUACGACAGGAGCUGGAGCAACAGACGGAGCGCGCCCAGGAGUUUGAAGAGCGAUGCAAAACACUUGACGCCGCCCGGGAGGAGCUACGCAAGGAAAACAGUGAUCUUACGGUCGCGGUACAGCAACUGUCGGCCAAGUUCGUCGGCCUCGAGGAACAGAUGGUGAGCAGUGAAGCGGUUCAGCGCAAAACGAUCGAUACACUGGAACGGCAGAAAACGGCCCUUGAGGAGGAAAGAAAAUCCCUGCAACUCGAAUUGAGUGCGGCACAGGCCGCCCGAACCAGCCUGCAGGCGGACAUUGAAGAGUCGCGCGGCGUCCGGGACGUUCUGGAGCGUGAGCUGCACGAGUUGAAGGCUGAUCGCGAGCGGCUCGACGCUAGGCUCGACACCGAGGUGGACCGAUGCGAGCAGGAACGUGAAGUAGCGACCCGGCUUAAACGAGAGCUGGACGAGAAGCGAACGGAAUUGGAACGACUUAUGUCCACCGGGCGACCGUCGCUCGGUGAUGGCCGAGUGGCGCAAGCGUUGCGGCGCGAGAACGAAGAUCUUCUCCGGCAGCUGAACGAGGCACGGCAAGCGGACGGGACGAAGGGCAAGCAGCUCCAGGAGCGGGUUGAUGAGCUGCAGCGCCUGGAAGUGGAAAUCGCGCGGCUACGCGACGAGAUGGCCUCCAUGCGGCACGAGGCAAGCUUCAACGAAAAGGUGGACGAAAUCACCGAGCUUCAGCAGAAGGUACAGGCCGCGGAGAAGGGCCGCGAGGAGAGCACCCACCGGCAGCAGUCCCUCCAGCGGAUGUACGAUCAGUUGCAGUGCAAAAAUCAAACCCUCUCGAAGCAAAUCGAUGAGCUGCGCCGGACGACGGACAAAGACCGCAAGUCGCGACGCCAGAGCACACACGACGAUCGCCGGGGGCUGGUUUUUAACCAGAAGCAAGUGGGCACGAUGACGGACCCAACCUCCACCGACUGCAGUUGCCUCGAUAUGGCCGCCCAAAUUAAGCAACUGCGGGAAGCGCUCACCCUCAAGGAGUGUCACCUCAACACGCAGAAGCUAAUGAUGUCGGCGAACCCACUCAAGAUCGAGGUGGUGGAACUGCGCCGCAAGCUGGACGAGUACACCCGGGACAGGGAACAGGUACAGCAGGAACUGAACGACGUCCUGUCGCAGCUCGAAAAGGAGCGCAAAGAACGCAAACGGCACUGUACGCAAUGCAUCCGCCACAGCCGGCAGCAAAAUGCGCGCUGCGAUAAGGCCGUCCAAGCGUACCAGAUGAGUGUCACGUCGCCCGGACCGGGGCCGGCGGGCACAACCAACAAAGCGACGUCCGCGGUGUCCGUGUCGAUCGUUUCAACCUCAACGCCGGGCGGCGCUAGCGAUGAGAGACGUGCGGUGGCGGAACUGGGAGUGCUUCAGAAGCGUUGCGAUGAGCAGCAGGAACAGUACGAACAGUUGAUGGAGAAGUAUCAAAAGAUGAAGCAAUUGUGUCGCUUACGCAACGAGCGGAUCGUCAGCCUGAGUAACGGGAUGGCGGAGAAGGAAAAUGAGAGCGAAAACGUGAACCGCAGCAUGCAGAACGAGUGUGUGAAACUCAAGCAGCAGCUGAAGGAAGCGGAAAGCAAAUAUGCACAAAUUAAUCGAAUACAGCAACUGGCGGGUGGAAGGUCAUCGUCUGUGAAAUCCGACGUCGGUCUGCAGACGGAUACUGAUUCUUCCCAGGAACUGAUGGAGCUUUAUCGUACGAAGUACGAACGGUACAAAGCGAUAGCCGCGCGGCUGAUGGAGGAACGAGGAUCUUUGCGCCAGGCUGCCGCGCGCCGUCAAACGUGCGGUUCAUCGAGCUUGUCUUCGAGCGCGUGGUCUUUGCACAUUUAUACUGGCCCCAAGCACCGGAGCACCGUGCCAAAGACCACAUAUUCGCAGUCCGAGAUGUCCGAGAAUCGGGAUGAAAUUCUGGCCGAUUUUCAGAGCAUAACGGCCAUUGACGAUGUUAGCGAAGCGAUCUUUCAUCUGGAGGAAUGCAACUGGAAUUUAAUAUCAGCCAUACAGCGUGUCCUGCCGCAGGAUCCGUCCGAUCAUCAUCAGCAUACACCACCGGUGGUGGCCGCGGUGCCAUUAUCCAAUCACCGCCCAGGGUCCGGUUCUUUGCUCACACACAACAGUAACACUGCCGGCAACCGGAAUAGCAGCAGCAGCAGCAGCAGCGCCUCGGCCCUGUUCGGUGGCGGAGGUGCUGGAGGGAUGUAUGCUAAUGAGCUAAAUCACUUCGAAGCCGUCUCGAACGUGGAGGAACUAAUGACGGCCCCGUCGUCGCCGGUGAAAAGCAACUUCAUCAACAACAGCAACAGCGGCAGCAACAACUUCGAUGCUCGUGCAUCCACGUCGCGUUCGGGGAGCAGCAACGAUUUCCGCACCGCUCUUAACUAUCUGGAUACAAAACCGUACGAUCUGCUGUUUAAGAUACACUUCAAGAACGGGGUGCAUCUGAUCCACAUCUCGAACCACGCGACGAUCGGUGAUCUCAAGGGGAGGAUCUUCGACAAGACCAGCGUGCCGGUGUGCCGGCAGGCACUGAAGGGCUGGGAGCCGGGCAAACAGAAGGACACGCAGAACCUCUCGACGCCGCUGAAGUCGCUCAACAUUGUCGGCAAGGAGUUUAACCUCAUCCUGAACGAUCUGACCGAGGAAGGUUUCGUCGGCGAAGGAGGCAGUGAUGCGCUGGCCGUGCUCAACCAGCAAACCUACACACUUCACAUCAACGUGCAGCCCGAGAAUCGGUUGCUGAAGCUAAACUUUCCCGGCCAGCAGAAUGUGCUCGCCAUCAAGAGUGCCGUCUACACGGUGACCGACAUUCCCGUGCGCCAUCAGGUGUGGUCCGGGUGGCCCAGCGACGUCACCAACGCGACAACGCUGGCCGAAUCGGGCGUCGGGCUCGAGCACAAUCUGGUGCUCAAUCGGACCGACGACAGUGCGGCCAAGAUAACCAACAACAACAACAACAGCAGUAGCAACAACAACAACAAUAACGGCGUUGGGAGCAGCAGCAGCAACUAUCUACGGAAUGUGCUGGUCAGUGCGGGCACGAGCGGGAACAGUAGUGGCAGCGGCAGUCGCAGUGACCUCCGCCGACAUACUUUCAACGCCGGAGGCAACGACAGCCUACCGAUCAUAGCGAUCGACUCGGAGAGCAGCGGCGAAGAGUUCGAGGAUGCGUCAGACUUUAACAACGACGACGACAUUUUCACCGAAACCCCAAUCAUCAAUCAGCAGAAGCGUUUGAUUCCCGAUAAUACGGACGAUGAAGCGAUCGGCAGCAUACAGUUUGUGGAGAACUUCGUCGAACGGUACGGGCCGCAGCAUCCGAUGUUUUUCCAGGGCAGCCUUGAGGAUGCACUGAAGGAGGCUUGCCAUCGACCGUCGGCUCGUGAUCGUAAGCUUCUGGCAAUUUAUCUCCACCACGAUGGCAGCGUUCUGACGAAUGUGUUCUGUGGCCAGCUGCUGGCCUGCGAGAGCAUCGUGCAAAUCUUGCUCGAUCAUUUUGUGCUUUACGGGUGGGAUCUAACAUUCGAAAGUAAUAAAAACAUGUUUUUAUCGUCGAUAUCGGCCUGCGUCGGCAUGACGGCUUCGAUAACGGUGCGCAAUAUUCCGACCGAUCGGUUGCCGGCGAUACUGGUGAUAUCGAAAAAUCGCAGCCAGUGCGAAGUGUUCCAGGUGAUCUACGGUAACGUCGGGGUGGACGAUCUCCUGUCGAAGCUGAUGGAAGCGUCGGAGAUGUACAGCGAGCAGCUAAAGAUGGAACUGCGGGAAGAGAACGAGCGGCACGCCCGGGAGCAGGUGAAGCUGGAGCAGGAUGCGGCGUACCGUGAAAGUCUGGAGGCAGACCGCGCCAAGCAGGAGGCCAAGCGACAGAAGGAGAUGAUGGUGCAGUCCGAGCGACGCCGGCUAGAGUCGGAGCGGGCCGAGACGGAAGCGAAGCGGGAAGCGAUACGGGAGCUGGCUCGCCAAACGGUGCCGGACGAACCGCAGCAGAACGGUGGCGACAGCAUCACCAAGAUCCGCGUCCGCACCCCGUCCGGCGAGAUGCUGGAGCGCAAGUUUAUGGUCGAAACGAGGCUCGAACUGUUGUUAAACUAUAUCACCGCCGAGGGCUACCUGAUCGACGAGUUUAAGGUGAUCUCGAGCUGGCCCAGAAGAGACUUAACCACAGUGAAUCCCGACAGCACGCUAAAGGAACUGAAACUGUACCCGCAGGAAACGUUGAUCCUCGAGGAACGAUGAUUUCGGGAUCAUCCGCGUCGCGUGUGUCGUACUUGUUCCGCAGAUCAUCAUCAGCAGCAGCAGCAGCUUCGUUGGCAUGUUGGAGAUUUGGUUUUUUUCGAUUCAUUUGUCACCGGAACGACACGUGCUCCGGGGGUCGCGUGCGCCGGCAGCGUGGAACGCAAAGCCUCCCUCUUCGUUACGUUGUUUCCGUUUCGCCCGCUGCCUUCCGAAAAAGAUUCUCCCCAUUUGUGCUCGUCCGAAUAUUGUGUGCACGGGUUUUGCGAAGCAACGGGAAGCCCAAAUCUGUAGUAGAGUGUCAU